AUGCAGCCCGACGGUUCCCCAACACGCCCAUUAAAACGCGAGCUCAGCCCAACGCCGCCGCCGCCACCCCGACAAUCAGCAUGUCAAGGCACCAAGCGCUUUGCUCCGUUCCCAGCCGAUUGUCACCCUCCUGACCCCAACUAUAAGCGCAACCGGCAAUUAUGGGCCCAACAGAAACUUGGGGAGAUACAGAGGCUUGGUUUACAGAAGGAAAAGCUUUUCAUAAGGGAUGAUGGAGUAACAGUUGACUGGUCCAGCCCUUUUCCAGUAUGGACAGAUACCCUAACUCCGGCCUAUGGGGUAUAUGCGGUAGUUGAGCCUACGCAGAACACAAAAGAAGCAGUGUCUGCUCUGGGUGGCAAACGACUUCGGCUUGAGGAACCUCGCCCGCUCACGCCACCGGCUUCUACAUCCCCGAAGCUUACUUCCGUCAUUAAACCACCUACACCCGCCGAGAUAUCGCCCAAGCGAAAGCUCCCCGUACCCCCGCGACCCUCUGCGUAUCACCAGAAAGUGGGUUUGUCUUCAACCCAUUCUCCUCCUCAUCCCGAUGCAAGACCCAACCCAGUUUCUGGAGUCACUGUCACAGCGUCUACAUCUUCCCCGCAAUCUUCAUCUGUUGUACCGCCUGUAACAGCCGUCGCCCCUCCUCCGACUGCCCCGCCUGUACAAGACCAACCUGUGGCAACCCACCCUCCUACCACGCCUCAGCAUACAUCAUCGAGCCCGUACAAUCAUAAUGCCGUCACUGUAGUGGCGCGCUCCUCUGUUGACUCGACCCGUUCUACCUCGAGCUCACGGUCGGCUGCUUCUGGCUCUCUUCCGCGUUCCGCUCGCCCAUCGACAUCGCCUCUGUACAGGGCGUUUUCACCAACGGCAGCUCGCAGGUCGCUUUUACCUCCCCCUGUACCUACUAAUUCCAGAGCAUGGCCACCUUCCACCUCUUCCUUCUCGUCUUAUGGUGCUUCGGCAAAACCAUCACAAUCUAGCUUUCGCACUCCUCCGAAUGGUCUUGAAUCAAUUCCCGCAGAUAUCCACCAGCGUACGCCCAUUCAUACCCUUCAUGCUCCAUCCAGUGAACGCACACCGGAGCGCCCGCUGAACCCUAAAGAAGACUCGGAUGACGAAAUCCAGAUCAUCGAGGAGCCCGUGCGGCCGACGUUAGACGAUCCUACAACAACUUCGGCAUGGAAGGCUCAGAGCUCAGCUGGCAAACCACCUCAAUCUACCCGACCGACAUCUAAACCCAGCUCCGUCGGAACGAUUGCGGGUCUAACACCUAUCUUUCGACCGCCUGUAGAGGAAGGCCGGACUGAUGCGUCUCGCCCGUCUGCGCCUCGCCCUGCUGUGUCUCAGGCCUCUUCGUCCUCAACACGGGCUAUUAGUCUUACGACUUCAGGCUCACCGCUAGUCAAGAGAGCAGAUCCACGUUUUGACUUCACCUCGAUUUCACCACCACAGCAUCGAGCGCCGCUUUCGUCUCUGACGUCACGUCCUGUGUCUACUCCUUCAGACCCACUUCCGUCUCCGUCUCCGCCCACGCGUCCUGUAAAUCCUCCCUCAACCUCACUUCCAGCUCCGCCUUCGCCUCGGCGGCGCCCAUCUUCUCCUCAAUCUCUUCCACUCUUUCUCCCAUCUCCGCCGUCACAUCAAUCAUCAUCACCGACUCCACGCAUACCGAGCCAUUCGCCAGUCCCACGUGAGCUGAGCCCAUCACCAGCGGAAGACAAGCUAUGGGCGCUCACGACUGACUACAUCAAGCGCUAUAUACACGCGUACGACGACGACCGGGCGUCACUUGCACUGGCUUACGCACACAACGCAACGUUUUCGUAUCGCUUCGUUCCUUCUCCUUCUUCCGCAUCGUCAUCGUCACCGUUUUAUUCUUCUGGGGUGUCCAGCAACGUACGUACUAAACCAUCCGAACUGAGAACAUCUCGGCUAGACAUCGUGUCUGUGCUUCUCGGCCUACUGCCCUCGCAUCGCUUUAAAUUGCAGGUGCCCAGCGGUGCUGCUGUACCCCUUGAGUAUGAUUGGCGAUUUUUGGGUGCGGCGGGUGCUCUGUUGGUCGUGUAUGCGAACCUUGCGCCGCUCGAGGAGGCCGGAAGAAAAGAUGGGCCAACCGUGCGCAUGGUGAAUAGCUUCGUGCUGCGCAAGAAGGAUCAUGAUAGAGAGGACGCGUGA